AUGGAGUAUAAAUAUAUAUUGAUAUUAAUAGUUAUAGUUUAUUUACCAGUACUAAUUACAGGUCAAUAUACUAUAAGAGGAGUUCCUGAAAGUUAUGCAGUGUUAGGUGAAAAUUAUAGAUUACAAUGUGAUGUUACAGAUUCACCUAGUCUUGUAGAGUUCCGUAGAAACAAUAUUGUUGUAUGUAAUAUGAUAAACUGUGAGAGUAGUUCAACAGAUAAUAGAUAUAAAUGUCGAUGUAUAAAUAAUAACAACAAAACACUAUAUCUCAAUAUAAGUAAUAUAAAUAAACAAGAUGAUACAACAUGUUGUUGUAGAGGUAAUUCUGGUGGACAAGGAUCAACCAAUGUAUCAGUUUAUUAUGGUCCAGAGAAUAUAAGAUUUAACCCUACUAGUGAUAAUAUAGAUGUUAUAGAAGGAAAGAGUCAGAGUGUCAACUGUUUAGAUGAUUGUAAACCAGAUUGUAACAUCAACUGGUCUAAAGAUGGUUCAACAACAAUUCUAAAUAACCCUUUAUCACUUAGUACUAGAAAUCAAACUGGUUCUUAUACCUGUACAUUUACACAUACUGUAUUAAAUAAACAACUUACAAAACAACUUAAUGUUCAGAUUUAUUGUAAGUAUAUAAUACUAUAUUAA